AAGUGUAAUAAAUGCAUGUAGAUGAAUUUGUUUUAUAUAAAAUAAAUUUCCUAUUGGAUACGGUUAAUUAAAUUGAAUUGUGAGGAAAGGGGGGUAAUGUGCAACGCGCAAAAAAUUAGUUUUAAAAAAACAUUUUGUACAUCUCACAAAUGUACCACCAGUUAAAAGUUGGAAUUAUUCCGAUAUUAUUGCCAGUACUGAAAAUCUGUAAUGUACGUAAUGGAAAUUUAAAUUUUUAGUACUGGCAAUAUUGGAACACAGCCAUAGUAAAUUGUCACGUGGAUUUUCACGUGAAGAUUGGUAGAUCAAAAGUGAUCAGAACGCAUCUACUGGUUAUUUUGGACACAAUCGUAGAUAACAUGGAAUGCGUUCCGAUAUUAUUGCCAGUACUGAAAAUCUGUAAUGUACGUAAUGGAAAUUUAAAUUUUUAGUACUGGCAAUAUUGGAACACAGCCAUAGUAAAUUGGCACGUGGAUUUUCACGUGAAGAUUGGUAGAUCAAAAGUGAUCGGAACGCAUCUACUGGUUAUUUUGGACACAAUUGUAGAUAACAAAAGUAAAAAAUAACAAAAAAGAAAAUUAUAAAGGUGAUAUUUUAUAUAUUAAUUAAUUAAACGGUAAUUGUCUAGUUUAGCGUCGUCACCUCUAAAAUCGAUGAGUUUAGGCUCAUCGACGCGGUUUUACACGAAACAAAAGAAUCUGGCAGAAAAAGGCGUCGUUCUGCCUUUUGCCCCGCGAAGCGAGAUAUUAGCGAUUAAAGUUGACGACUAUAGGUUUGUUCGCGUUGCUUGAAAUCCCCAAAAUUUUUUACACUUUAAACGAGAUAAAUAUAUACUCGAGCAUUGCAGAAAAAGAAAGCGAAGAUGUCGAGAGUGCGAAAAGUGCAAUUAACGCGAACAGGCCCUAUCAGGUUAUGAAGUCGCAAACUCAUGUGGUGCAGAGAACGCUUCACACGCACGCACACGCACACACACAUAUACGGGGGGUUGCAGGGGGGGCUUUUGGCCCCUUCCCGCACUCACCCCGUCCAAGUCGAUAAUUCAUGUACAUUGUAUUGGAAAUCUGCAAACAUAUGAAUUUUAUUUUGUUUCUUAUGCACAUGGGGUCCCCAGUGUGUGUGUGUGUGUGUCUGUGUGCGCGCGCGCGUGCAUUCUCUGGCAUUCUCUACACCACAUAGGUUUAUGACUCUCCACGCAAAACGAGAUGCUCGAGAUUCUCGUUAAAUACACACAUUUGAAUUUCGCGCACUUUUUGCAUACUUGUGCCUACAAAGGCUGUGUUCCAAAAUUCACUGCCAGUACUGAAAAUUUAUAGUAUAUGUAACUAGUAUAUGUAACGUGGACUAUAGAUUUUCAGUACUAGCAGUGAAUUUUGGAACACAGUCAGAGCAUGCAUCUACAGCUAAGGAGCAUGCAAAUGUGACCACUGCGCAUGCUUAUGCUGUUACAUAUUGUCGGUAUGACAGAUAUUCUAACCUCGUUUCAAGAAUAUGGGAAAAUGACAAAUAUCGAGCAAUCAGAUAUACUGGACAAACAAAUUGCUGUAGAAUGCCAGAUGAUUGGAAUAGGUUCUUAUACAUGUAUUCUUCAAGAAAAAAUAAAAAUUUCCUAUAAUGGUGUAAAAUUUAGCGUACCUUUGUUACAAGAUGCUACACGGUUUGUUACUUUAGACGUGAAGUAUAAUGAUAUAAUUAGGCUUUUGAUUCACUUUGGAAAUACUGAAAAUAUUGAAAAUAUUGGAAAAUCGUCAAUAAUAUUUAUUUAUACGACUAUAAAAGCAGGAGUUAUGAUACGUGAAUUAUUAGGAAUGCAUGAUCCAAAAGGUCCAUAUUACCAUCCUGCUGGAAAAGGAGAUCAUGCACAUAAACGUAUUACUAUAUUACUAGACAAGUUACCAAAGGAAUCACAAGUACUAUUAACAAAUUUAUUUUCACGAGAAGUUAAAAAAAUAGUGGAAUUAACCACUAAAGAUGCAUAUAAUGUACUUAUGAGAGCAAUACCAAAGAAUUAUCAACAAUUGGAUAUUACCAUGCAGAAGAGUAAAAAAUUAGCAAAUGUUACCAUUGUUGAUGAUAAUGAUGACGUACAAAUAAUAACUAUAUAUCCACCUCCUCCUGCAAAAAGAGGAUUUGUCAUUAAUACUAAGGAUUACUUGUGUCUUGCACAAGGCCAGUACUUGAACGAUGUGAUUAUAGAUUUUUACUUAAAGUAUUUAACCUUGGAAGUAUUAACAAAAUUUGAUCAGCAAAGAACUUAUGUAUUUAGUUCGUUUUUUUACAAACGUUUAACUAGUUCAUAUGAUCAAGUUACUGAAAGUGUAGUACCAAAAACGCUUGCCGCCAAGCAGCACGCGAGAGUACAGCAGUGGACUAAGAAUGUUAAUAUAUUCGAGAAAGAUUUUGUUAUAAUUCCUAUGAAUGAAGACUCACAUUGGUACUUGAUUAUUAUUUGCUUUCCUGGAUUAGUUGGAAAAGUUUCUACUUGUAUUGCGAAAACUAAUGAAAACAACAUUUAUGAGAGUGUGCAAAAGAGCAAAAGAAUAAAAAUGUCCACAACAAAGGAAAACCGAAACGAAGAAGUUGUCGUAAUUGAAAAUAAAAGUCAAACCAAUAUUAAACUUAAAGAGCAAGAAAAAAUUGUCAAAAUUCCCUGCAUAUUAAUAUUUGAUUCGCUUGCUGCCACUAAUAGAGUACAUGUAGUUGAUACAUUAAGGAAUUAUUUAAGCUACGAACAUGUUGUCAAAUUUGGUAUAAAAAAGACAUUUUCGAAAGAUACUAUUAUGGAAAUGUAUCCGAAAGUACCUAGACAAACAAAUUGGACCGAUUGCGGAUUGUACGUAUUGCAGUAUGUGGAAAGUUUUUUCAAGAAUCCUAUCAAAAAUUAUACUUUUCCAAUUCAAAGUUUAAAAACAUGGUUUGAAGAAAUUGUUGUAAUAAGAAAAAGAGAAGAGAUAUCUAACUUAUUGAUUACAUUGAUGAAUAAUACCAAAGGGAACAAAAUUAUUAAUUUGCCUGCUUUGAAUUUUCCCACGCUAAAUGGCAAAAUAAAAGAUCAAAAGUCAAAGAAACGUUGUUAUUACGUAGAGUAGAAAAUAAUUUAUUAGUCUAAUUAAAAAGUUCGAUAGCGCUGCUCUCAGAUAAUUAAUAUGAUAUAACGAGUGUUGUAACAUGAAAAUUAUUUUUCUAUAUUAUAUACAUAUAUAUUGAUUAAUAUUAUAUAUUUAUUUGUAUUUUCU